AUGGAUUUAAGAGUUGGUAAAAAAUAUCGUAUUGGACGUAAGAUUGGUUCAGGUUCAUUCGGUGAUAUUUAUUUAGGUACAAAUAUUAUAUCAGGUGAAGAAGUUGCAAUUAAAUUAGAAAAUACAAAAGCAAAACAUCCACAAUUAGAAUAUGAAGCAAAAGUUUAUAAAGCUUUAAGUGGCGGUGUUGGUAUCCCAUUUGUUAGAUGGUAUGGUACUGAAUGUGAUUAUAAUGCAAUGGUUAUUGAUUUAUUAGGUCCAUCAUUAGAAGAUUUAUUCAACUAUUGCAAUAGAAAAUUUACUUAUAAAACAGUUUUAUUAUUAGCCGAUCAAUUAAUUUGUCGUAUUGAAUAUAUUCAUGCAAGAUGUUUUAUUCAUCGUGAUAUCAAACCAGAUAAUUUUUUAAUGGGUAUUGGUAGAAGAGGUUCACAAGUUAAUGUAAUUGAUUUUGGUUUAGCUAAAAAAUAUAGAGAUCCAAGAACUCAUUUACAUAUUCCAUAUAGAGAAAAUAAAAAUUUAACUGGUACUGCAAGAUACGCAUCAGUUAAUACUCAUUUAGGUAUUGAACAAUCAAGAAGAGAUGAUUUAGAAAGUUUAGGUUAUGUUUUAAUUUAUUUUUGUAGAGGUUCAUUACCAUGGCAAGGUUUAAAAGCUGCAACUAAAAGACAAAAAUAUGAUAGAAUUAUGGAAAAAAAAAUGACAACUCCAAAUAAUAUUUUAUGUAAAGGUUUACCAAAUGAGUUUUUAGAUUAUAUGAAUUAUAUUAAGACUUUAAGAUUUGAUGAUAAACCAGAUUAUCCAUAUUUAAGAAAAUUAUUUAGAGAUUUAUUUAAAAAGGAAAAUUAUAGAUAUGAUUAUGUUUUUGAUUGGACUUUGUAUAAAUUUCAACAAGAAAAACAAAGACAACAAGAUAAAAUAACUGAUGAAGAAAAUCAAGAAAAUCAACAACAACAACAACAACCAAAUCCAAAUCCAAAUCCAAAUCAACAAGCAAAUCAACAACAGCAAGUAAAUCAACAACAAAUUUCACAACAACAACAAGUACCAUCAGAUCAAAAACAAAUAGCAGUUCAAAGAAAUGCAUAUCAAUAUCAACCUCAAGAUAAAUCAAAAUUACCACCUCAACAACAACAACAAGGAAAUCCAGCAUGGCUUUAA